AUGAGUGGAAGACCGCUAAAGUCGUUCCUCAACAAGGCGACGACGAAGGUCUUGCCCAGCUUCUCGGAAGACCGCAGCCAGCAACAAGCCUCACUGGAACGAGCAGCGAUAGAGAGCAUCGGCCACGCGUAUCUCGAAGAGGAUCCCUCGGUAGCAGAAUGGUUUCGCGGAUUGGUGCCGUCUUCAGCAGGGGUUGCUGAGUACGUGAGGGAACUGUUUCCGUGUGCGCAGUGGGUGAAGAGGUAUAAUCUACCGUGGUUGGUUGGCGAUGUUAUCGCUGGUGUGACUGUUGGCCUUGUAGUCGUUCCGCAGGCCAUGGCAUAUGCUCUGUUGGCUCGAUUGACACCAGCAUUUGGACUCUACACUACGUUUACUGGGGCCUGUUUGUACUGGAUCUUUGGUACAUCCAAAGAUAUUGUCAUCGGCACAACGGCUGUCGGAUCACUCUUGGUCGGCAGUGUCAUUAGCAAGGUUGAAGCUGAGCAUCCUGGAGUCUACAAGGCGGAGGACAUUGCACACGCCCUUUCCUUCCUCGCCGGGGCCAUAUUAUUUGUCCUCGGAAUGCUUCGUCUAGGCUGGCUGAUCGAGUUCAUACCCUAUGUUCCCAUAUCUGCUUUUGUCACAUCAGCCAGCAUUACAAUCAUCUCUACACAGCUACCGACAGUUCUCGGGAUCACAGGUAUCAAUACGCGCGAGUCACCUUAUAAGGUUUACAUCAACGUAUUGAAGAACCUAGACCGAAGUAAACUGGAUGCAGCGAUUGGCAUAACCUCCAUCGUUCUUCUAUAUCUCAUCCGAGACAUUUGUGCCAAGAUGGAGCGACGUCAGCCACAGCACAAACGGACGUGGUCACUUAUAUCAUCUCUUAGACUUACAUUUACCAUACUGCUCUACACGUUUAUCAGCUGGCUGGUACAUCGCACCACACCCUCUGGCCAGGAGAAGUUUCGCAUCGUUGGGCACAUCGAAAAGGGGUUCAGUCACGCUGGUGUACCGCCCAUGGAUGCAGAAUUAUUCAGCCUCGUCGCAUCGGAGCUCCCUGCCAUUGUCGUAAUCCUCAUCGUCGAGCACAUUGCCAUCGCAAAGUCAUUCGGUCGCAUCUUCAAUUACACCGUCAUCCCUUCGCAGGAAAUGAUUGCCCAAGGUGCCGCCAACAUACUCAGUCCUUUUGUGGGUGGUUACGUCUGCACUGGGUCCUUUGGUGCUUCUGCCGUUCUGUCAAAAGCCGCGGUGCGCACCCCACUCGCUGGUCUCUUCAGUGCAUUGGUAUUGGUGUUGGCACUGUAUGCCUUGACGAGCGUAUUCUACUAUAUUCCAAACGCCGCGCUUGCUGGUCUGAUUAUACACAGCACGAUCAAUCUGAUCACGCCUCCCAAGUCACUGUACCGAUAUUGGAAAAUGUCUCCAUUCGAGCUCAUCAUAUGGAUCUGUGGAGUCGUCGUUGCAUUCUUCAGCAGCCUAGAGACGGCAAUAUAUGUCAGCGUGGGUCUAUCUUUUGCCAUGCUAUUAGUCCGCAUGGCAAAAAGCCCAGGCGACUUCCGUGGUUCUGUCCGAGUCACACGCAUCACACCUGACAGCCCGCCAUCCACAGAAUCAAACCCUGAAACCGACUCCCUUCAUUCGUGCGACUCACGAACCGAGCAUGCGAACGAGCAACCGACCUAUCGCAACGUCUACCUCCCUUACCAAGCCCAACGCACCCGCAACCCCAAGAUACGAGUCGAGCCUGCAUACCCGGGCGUUUUCAUCUACCGCUUCAACGAAAACUUCAACUACAUAAACCAAGCGUACCACAUCGACCACCUAACAACGUACAUCCAAUCUCACACCCGCCGCACCUGCUUCGACGACGGCAUCCGCGCAAGCGACCGCCUAUGGUGCGAAACACCGCCCAGCAAAGACGACAUGGAAAGAACCUCCACCCAACCUCUACUUCGCGCCGUCGUUCUGGACUUCUCCACCGUCAACGCCAUCGACGUCACGAGCUUGAAUGGCCUGAUUGAUCUGCGCAACACGUUGGAUCGCUACGCCGCUCCUGCAGUCGUCCAGUGGCAUUUUGCAGGCGUGCACAACCGCUGGACACGUCGAGCCUUGGCCUUUGCUGGCUUUGGCGCUCCGGCGGUGGACACGGACGGUAGUCUGGGCACGUGGUGUCCUGCGUAUACGGUUGGGACGGCGGUGGCCAGUGCAACGGAGGAGGAGCAACGCGAGGUUUUGGCUUCACAGACGGCUACAACUAGCAAGAGGGGCGAUGUUGAGAGUAAUGCGGAAGAGAGCAAGCCUUGGACGUUGGCGGAGAAGGAAGGAUAUCAGCCUGUUUAUGGGGUCAAUCGGCCGUUCUUUCACAUUGAUUUGCAUGAUGCUGUUGAAGCGGCUGUGCAGAACGCGAAGGCGAUGGAUGAGCGUGACGGGCUUGUUGGCUGUGCGAUGAGCGACGAUGCUAGUUCCAGGGGGGGGGAGGUGUGA